AUGGAUCUCCAGGUAUUUGUGCCUCUUCAUUAUUGGAAAUCAUUGCUAUUGCUGCUGGUCCUUGCAUGUUCCGAAGUAUCUUCUGACUUGAAUGAAUCCACAAAUUCCUCUGGCCAGCAAGUACCUGGUGCUUGGUUCGCGGCUUCUAGCUCAGAGCCAGGUGAAAGGAUAUCUGUUUUUGAACUGGAUUAUGACCAUGUGCAAAUUCCAUAUGAGGUCACCCUUUGGAUACUUUUAGCAUCCCUUGCCAAAAUCGGCUUCCAUCUUUACCACAGGCUGCCAGGCCUCAUGCCAGAGAGCUGUCUCCUCAUCAUCGUGGGGGCUCUGGUGGGCAGCAUCAUCUUCGGCACUGACCACAAGUCCCCCCCGGUUAUGGACUCGAGCAUCUACUUCUUGUAUCUCCUUCCACCCAUUGUGCUGGAGAGCGGCUACUUCAUGCCCACUCGUCCCUUCUUUGAGAACAUCGGCUCCAUCCUAUGGUGGGCAGGCCUCGGGGCUCUGAUCAACGCCUUCGGCAUCGGCCUCUCCCUCUACUUCAUCUGCCGGAUCCAGGCCUUUGGCCUCGGUGACAUCAGCCUGCUGCAGAAUCUGCUGUUCGGCAGCCUGAUCUCAGCUGUGGACCCUGUGGCUGUGCUGGCCGUAUUUGAGGAGGCCCGCGUGAACGAGCAACUCUACAUGAUGAUCUUCGGAGAGGCCCUUCUCAAUGAUGGCAUCAGUGUGGUCUUAUACAAUAUCUUAAUCGCCUUCACAAAGAUGCAUAAAUUUGAAGACAUUGAACCUGUCGACAUUUUGGCUGGAUGUGCUCGAUUCAUCAUCGUGGGGUGUGGGGGAGUUUUUUUUGGCAUCAUUUUUGGAUUUAUUUCUGCAUUUAUCACCCGUUUUACUCAGAACAUCUCUGCAAUCGAACCACUCAUCGUCUUCAUGUUCAGCUAUCUGUCUUACUUAGCAGCUGAAACGCUCUAUCUCUCUGGCAUCCUGGCGAUCACAGCCUGUGCAGUGACAAUGAAAAAGUAUGUAGAAGAGAAUGUAUCCCAAACAUCCUACACGACCAUCAAGUACUUCAUGAAGAUGUUGAGCAGUGUCAGUGAGACCUUGAUCUUCAUCUUCAUGGGUGUGUCCACCAUUGGGAAGAACCAUGAGUGGAACUGGGCCUUCAUCUGCUUCACAUUGGUCUUCUGCCAGAUAUGGAGAGCUAUCAGUGUAUUUGCUCUCUUCUAUGUCAGUAACCAGUUUCGGACAUUCCCCUUCUCCAUGAAGGACCAGUUCAUAAUUUUCUACAGUGGUGUGCGAGGAGCUGGGAGUUUUUCUCUUGCAUUUUUGCUUCCUCUGCCUCUUUUCCCUAGGAAGAAACUGUUUGUCACUGCCACUUUAGUAGUUAUCUACUUUACUGUGUUUUUUCAGGGAAUCACAAUUGGCCCUCUGGUCAGGUACCUGGAUGUCAGAAAGACCAAUAAAAAAGAAUCCAUCAAUGAGGAACUUCAUAUCCGGUUGAUGGAUCAUUUGAAGGCUGGAAUUGAAGAUGUGUGUGGGCAAUGGAGCCACUACCAAGUGAGAGACAAGUUUAAGAAAUUUGAUCAUAGGUAUCUACGGAAAAUCCUAAUUCGAAAGAACCAGCCCAAAUCAAGCAUUGUUUCUCUGUAUAAGAAGCUGGAAAUGAAGCAAGCUAUUGAGAUGGUAGAAACUGGGAUACUAACUUCAACAGCUUUUUCCAUUCCCCAUCAGACCCGGAGAAUACAGAGAAUCAAGCGUCUUUCCCCUGAAGAUGUGGAGUCCAUGAGAGACAUUCUGACACACAACAUGUACCAAGUUCGACAAAGGACCCUGUCUUACAACAAAUACAACCUCAAACCCCAAUCAAGUGACAAGCAGGCUAAAGAGAUUCUGAUCCGCCGCCAGAACACCUUGAGAGAGAGCAUGAAGAAAGGCCACAGCUUGCCUUGGGAAAAGCCGGCUGGCACCAAAAACAUUCGCUACCUCUCCUUCCCCUACAGCCAUCCUCAUCCAGCAAGGAGAGAAGUGAGGGUAGAGGAAUCCACAGAUGAUGAUGACGGCAGCGAUCCAGGAUACCCAUCCAUUAUGUUUAGUUCACACUCCCGAACAGGAUCCCUUCAGGAAAGACGACUGACACAAGAAAUGAUCCCAAUGAAGAGCUUACACAGAGGAGGGAAGGCAUAUAAUUUUGGCUACCAAAGCAACAGCAGCCGCGAAGUGCAUGAUGGCAGAAGCAGAAGGCUGUUUUUGAGGCCUAAGCCCCUGUUCUAUGCAGUGGAUGAAGAGUAUGAAUCUGCAGGGGACAGAGAGGAGGAGGCCUCAGCCAUUCAUUCCAGAUGGACAACUGAGUACCGGCACGGCAGGCAACACCACAAGUCCCACAGUCCUUUGCUCCAAAGAAAAUAA